AUGUUUAGCAGGAACGAAGGGAAAAAACUUGUCAAGUCACAAACUGACUCGACAAGUUCCCAUAUUAUAACUGUGGAUUCUUUCUACGUACCUGGCUUGGAUGACACCUUGUGUCACAAUUUAAAAAAAUGUGCACUAUUAAUGUCGAAACCUGUCAAAAGAAACGAAAGACAAGGAUGUAUCAGUAAGUUGAUCAAGGAUUUUUCGUUGGUCAAGAAACUCGAGAACAUAAUCGAUGAAGGGAAGGUUGAUGAUGACACUGAUGAAAAAACAUCAUCAACCUUUACCUUGAUUUUAUGCUUUGGGUGUGUGGUUCAUUGUAGCCAACAGCCUACCUCCAUUGAAUAA